GGCGGUCAUGCAUUAACUGUAACACUUUUGUUCGAACUCGAGAUGCCCGAAUACAUCUUUCAUUAUCGGUAUUCGGCUGUCCAAUGACGGUUACAAUUCCAAUUGAAUGAGUAAACAUAAUACAAUUAUUAAUAGAACAAUAGUCACACAGUUGAAAUCACAAUUUCAAAUUUGUAAACAUUUGCUCAGAAAUCGUGUAAGUGUGUUUGAUCUAUUUUAUUUACUGAAGUGCACUGCGUGAAUGCAAAAAAAAUGAAAGCGCUUAAAAGCAUUGUGUUCGUUUUGACGGUAUUUACUACAUCUGUGGCUGCUGAUAGAAAGUUACACACUGAAUUCAAUCCAGGUUGUUUGUUAGAGGAUCAUUGCUCUAAAUUUUCUAAACUUACAUACAUACGGGCCGAUGGUGAAAAUGAUACUGUUCAUUUUGUACUUGACGCUACAACAAAACCAUCGUUGGUCGUUAUUGUAACAAGCAAAAAUGCUGUUAUUCAAGUAAAUUAUACUGCAGAUCGGGAAAACAAUAUUAAAUUUACUGAGUCCCCAUUGUAUACAUUUGCAUCAGUUUUUAAUAAUUUAUACGAGUUUAAUGAUGUAAAUGAUACAGCAAAUAUGAAAGAUAGCAACAAUUUUAUAAAAAUGGAUUUUAAGAAGUUUAAUUGGAAUACAACUCGAUCAAUUCACAAUAAUAAUGAAUCUGUAGAGAUUCUUCUAUCUGCUAAUUCAUAUAGAGCACCUGGUAUUAACAAAACUGGUAUUGUAUCUGUUACGUUAAAAGUAUACGGGAAAAAAGAUACUGGAUCUAAAUUGCCACAUCUUGUUCAUACUCCAGAAUCUGGUGAACUAACACUAACACUUAAUAAUUUGAAUACAAAUUUUACCAAUUCACGUUUUGCUAUUGAGUUACUUACUUUUAGUUCUUAUCCAUUCAAUAAGUCUGAAGCAAUAUCAAGCAACACGUUUUCAGAUGAUAAACUAUCUGGUGGCACGUUUUUAAAUUAUUUGUUGAAUGCAAAAGGAGAUGAAGAAGGAGGUGGUUUUCUAAGUUGGAAACCAGUUGUGUAUAAAGCAGAAAAUACUCAUGCAUUGAAUUCUUCUUCCACAAUUCAGUAUGACAUUCAAGAUUAUCUUUCUGAACAUGAUUGGAUUAACACCCCUUUAUAUAAUAUGUAUGGAAAUUCAUUAUUUGUCCACAACUCUCAAUUUCUUUUAAAGUCAUUUAAUGUGUCUUUUGGACAACCCAAUGAUGAAUUUUAUGCUAAAUCUAAUUACACUUAUUGGACCUUUUUGGUAGGAAUUGGUACACCUCCACAUUCAAGUUUAGGUUUUCUUGAGUUGUCAAUUAUUGCUAGUCUUCUGUUAAUGUUGACUAUCGCAAUGAUUCUUAUAUUUUGUAUAUUUAUGCGUUGGAUGUCUAGUAAACGUAACUCUAUAGUUUAUGGACAAUGAAUCUUGAUUUAUACCUAUUAUUUUUAACACAGCUUAUUAAUUUAGCAAAAUUUAUGCUCAGAUUUAAAUGUCUCAAAUGAAGUAUAUUAUUUUCUAUUUAUUUUAUUGUUCUAAAGUUUUGAGCUAGUCCUAUAUAUUUUAAGAUAUUUGAUAAGCACAUGAUUAAUAUAGUACAGAAUCAUUCCAAUGUAACUUAAUUGCUCAUAAUAUGACAAUUGUU